GACACCCUACGAGACCUUGCUCUUCUGCGUGCUUCUUCUGUAGACCUCUCUGCCCUGAUUGCUGACGAUCUACCGUCUUCACAAGCCCCGACAGAGGUUGAAGGGGUCGAAGAGUCAACAAUACAAUCAUACGCGUUCGUGAGAGAAGUGCGGACAAUGUUGAGAAUGCACAAUUCAGGAGAAGCGCAAAAACAAGCGGCAAGGAUUGAGAAGGUGCAAGUGGAGCUGGUGGAUGUGCUGAGAAGUUUGUCG